CAGGACAGCGUCUUUCCGCUUGCCCUUUGCGCGUGCGCACCGUCCAACGCGCCAGCUGUUUCGAAAUUGCUUUUGGUGGGCGCUACUCAUCGCUACAACUGUAGAGUUCCCGCACCAACCAACCCAGUUCAGCAAGCAAAGAUGACGCCCUUGCAGCGCUUGUCUGCCAUGCGGACGCGGGCUUUCCGACGAUCUGAAGGACCCAAAACAUCCGAACCAACAUCGUCCCAACAAGACAUCGACCUGCCCCCUGCACCACCUCGACAACGCUUCCGUCUCAAGAGGCGAGCUGUAUCGCACACCCAUGCGGCGCCCACAGAACAAUUUCUGGCGUCUGUCGACGCCGCCGAUGUCCCCAUCCCUAGUAUUGAGGAGCCUUUCGUGGUCGAUGAGGAUAUGCUGGACACGACCCACCAGGGUGCCUUUGCUACGCUGUCUGAGGCGCAUUCCAUGGAGCUUCCACAUACUGGCGCUCAUCAGCGGAUGUUCUCUCCGCCGAAAACACCUGCGCCAGGCGAACUGAACCUAUCGAUUGUGACCACCAACCAAUUCCCUGACUGGUCCAACGACUCAACCUUUAGCGACUCGGAGUGCGAGUCGAGUCGGCCAUCAACGGCCCGCUCAAAUCGCACGAGCGCGUCUUUUUUCAGCCAGCUAUCUUUCGCAUCGGAUGAUGCAAGCUUGAUAAGCCCAGAUCAGCAGUUCAGCAGUCGAUUUGAUAAGUUCCUUUCGCCCGACGAUGCGGACAGGACGAUCAAGCCUCCCGCGCCUAUGCGUGCGGCGAAAUCGCGCAAAGCCCCAUGGACUAGGGCCAUGGAUAACCAUAUCUGGACAACUUACACAAUGUACCUGCAGGAUCCCAAGGUUACCCCGGUGCGCAUUGGCGCCAGUGGUGUCCCACCGUGUGGUGUUGUGGCUCGCGUCGCAAGGGAAGCUAGCCGCAGCUGGAGAGGGUCCAACGGCCUGUCGCAAUCCAAGGACUGCAGUGGGAGUACAACACCGACGGCAGGAAGUAAAUCCACCUACAUACAAUGGCCCCACACGAACGCUGCUACGAGGGCCCAUUUGGUGGAGAUGUGCAAGGCCAAUGCUGGAGGCAAGGGCCGCAAUGAGCGUUACUUUGCAAGCAGCCCCACGCCGUUCGGCAAGACUAUGAGUCGCGCACGAGCUCGACGCACGACUCCAGCACGUGCGCCUUCUAUUUUCUCCGGAGGAGACAUGGCCAUGUCCCUCGCUGUCAGCACCUCGGACUCUAUGCAGCUCGGGGGACCCCUAGCACAGCUCACUACAGCUGGCCAGCAGGAGGACGCCCAAGAACUACCACCUUUGCCGCAGGGCCAGACUUCUCUCCUCCCGCCAUGCCUCGACGAGCCUAGACCUCGUCUGGGGUCGCCUUUUGUAGCCAAAAGCUAUGGACCCAGUACCUCAAGCUCUUUUGCGGAGAUGCUGGGCUCCGAGACCCCACGUCAAAGCAACACCAUGGGCGCGCGUCGAGGUCUCAAGUCUCCAGCCAGAGUGAACAGGAGCCGGUCCAACACGCAAAAGCGUCGUGCGGAUCUCGAGGCGCGCAGGUCGAAGAGGCCCAGCCUGCCCUCGGACAUGUGGAGUGAGCCAGGGGCAAGCCCCAUUGCGCCAAGCUCCGACUUUGACAACAUGUCCUCGAUUUUUGCCAACAUGCAGCAGCCCGUCGAGACUGCGGCUAGCAUGCCUUCUCGCGAGUUCCUCCAAUCGAUGGACAAUGCGCCCCCAAGAUUGGGUUCGCCUUUUGGCGGUCUCCCUUCAAGCUUCUCCUUCCCCGCCAGGGGCAGCAGUGUCCUCGCCCACCUCGCCGCCGCCGCCGCACCCGGCGGCGCAUCAAACUCGAUGCGACCUUUUUCGAGUCUGCAUCAGUGGCGCGAGACGCCUCGCACCCGAACGCCCUUGCCCGACCGCCUGGCCUACAUAGACGAGCGUCUCAAGCAGAUUCGCCAACGCAGCGAGGAGCGUCGGCGCUCCGAGUCACCACUCUGAUUCACGUUAUUUGACAAGAAAGCAACACAUUCAUUUACUUCGCACACAAAGCGACUCGACCAGACUUUUCCUUUUCACGACAGUUACGACGUUACGGAUGAUACCCAUCCCAGUUGGAUGCGGGAUACAGCGACUACACCAGACCAUGUUCUGUCUGCCCUGUUAUGACAUGAGCAUGCUGCCGACAGCGGAUUUCACGACCAACUACUAGUAUUUAUUGCUGCUUACUCGAUCUGCUGCUCAUCUUCAAAUACCACCGCCGCCGCCGCCGCGGCCACACGAACUACCGACGCUAGCUGGAAGGCUGCGCCGCGACUACGAUCUUUGCCAUCUACAAACCUUUUCCUUUUUAUCCACCAUCAUUCCCUUGAG